AUGGCGACCAAGGCAGCCUAUAAACGGCUCACUCGCGAAUAUCAAAACAUUCAAAAGAAUCCUCCGCCAUACAUCAUUGCCCACCCCUCAGAAACCAAUAUCCUCGAGUGGCAUUACAUCCUCACCGGUCCUCCGGGUACGCCUUACGAAAAUGGACAAUACUGGGGUACACUGAUGUUUCCCCCUGAAUACCCAUUUGCGCCACCCGCCAUCCGCAUGCACACCCCGAGCGGUCGGUUCCAACCAUCCACUCGCCUUUGCCUCAGCAUCAGCGACUACCAUCCAAAGUCAUUCAACCCGGCCUGGGAGGUUUCCACGAUUCUGAUCGGACUGCUCUCUUUCAUGACAAGUGAAGAGAUGACCACUGGGAGCGUGAGUGCUUCGGAGGCGGAACGGAGAGUGCUAGCUGCACGGUCAAGAUGGUGGAAUUCCACCGGUGGAGGCUCUCACAUCAGUGCUAAACCUGGAGUCACUCCUUCCGCCAAAGGAAUCAACAAUGUCAAGGCUGGAGAUGGGGGAUUGAAAUUUCGUACGGAAUGGCCAGAACUCGACCACGAGAACUGGAGAUGGAUGAAGGACAGCCGCAUCGACACGAACACAGGCCAGCUUUUGCCAGACCCCAAUGCUGCCACCAAAUGCUCCCCGGAAACCAGCGCUCUCCGCAGACGGCCCAACGGUAGUGCUCCAGGUUUGGGAGUUGUUGUGGAGGGUGGCCACGUUGCGCGAGAAGCUGGUCAAAGUUGGGUUCGCCGCAACAAGAUCUGGCUAGGCUUUGCCAUCAUUUUCGGGUAUGCGCUGCUUACAAGGCUGGUAAACGAUGUCCAGGGAUGA